AUGCGGUUCGAUAGCAGCGCACUGUCCCUGGCUCUUCCAGCUUUGAUCUCAGCUUUGAGCUACAACCCUACGCCGACAGCGACCAUCGAUGCUGGUGUUGUAGUGGGCAAAGCAACGGCACUUCCAAAUGGGCUAGGACCUUCUGUCAAUCAAUUCUUUGGAAUUCCGUUCGCUCAAUCACCUCCAGAGAGGUUCUCUCCUCCCCGUAACAUCUCCGCUUUCAGCAGGCCUCUCAAUGCCACAGCAUGGAAGCCAGCAUGUGUACAACAAUUCAGAUAUCCCCUCGCAAGCCAGCAGUUUGCACAGGCCGUGUUCAAUAAUCCUGGUGGUCAGCCACCUGUCGAGUCUGAAGAUUGCUUAUAUCUCAACGUGUACGCCCCAUCUGGAUCGCCAGGUGGCAAUGGAAGAGCUGUAAUGUUUUGGAUCUAUGGAGGCUCUCUACAGUUCGGUACUGCCGGCUUGUCAACCUACGAUGGGAGCGCAUUUGCCGACUACGAGGAUGUCAUCGUCGUGACUACAAACUACAGGACCAAUGUCUUUGGUUUCCCUGCGUCUCCUGAGCUACCUGUGGGUGCACAGAACCUUGGUUUUCUCGAUCAGCGUUUCGCCCUCGAUUGGGUCCAACGCAAUAUCCAUGCCUUUGGCGGCGACCCUGCCAAGGUCACAAUUUUUGGGGAGAGUGCCGGUGGCUUCUCUGUAGACGCACUCCUAACCAGCUACCCCAAGAACAGCAAGCCCCCAUUCCGUGCAGCGAUUCUACAAAGUGGACAGUAUAGCUACAGGACUUCCUCGCCAUCAUCGAGCGUUCCAGCAUGGAACAACCUCACCGCAACUCUUGGCUGCCCUAGUACCUAUGGCAGCAACUUAACAUGUGUGCGUGCUGCCGAUGCGACCGAAGUGAAGCGAAUCAUAGAGGUCAAUUCUCUCGUCUUCAAUCCUGUCGCAGACAACGUGACUCUUUUCACCAAUCCAGCUGCGCGCAGAUUAAGCGGUAACAUUUCGUACGUUCCCGUACUGACAGGCUCGAAUUCACAGGAAGGACGUGUCUUUGCUGUCGGUCAAACUAAUUUGACAGCAUUCUUACGGACCACCUUCAGCACAGCCUCUGUUUUGAUCCCAGCAAUCGCAGCAGCGUAUCCCAUUGGCAGCCCAGGAAUCACUAAUGGUUAUGACGCUAUCUCCGCUGUCAUUACAGAUUUGACGUUCCAAUGUCCAGCAGCACUCUGGGCCAACGCCACAGCAUCCAUCGGCAUACCCACCUGGCGCUACUACUUCAACGCGUCUUUCGCUAAUACGCAAGCAUACCCAGAACUUGGUGCGUACCACGCUUCUGAGAUCCCACUCGUGUUCCGCACGUACCCCAAAUCCAACACCACAACUCAAGAGUUUGCGCUCUCCUCGUUCAUGCAGGGUGCGUGGGCGCGCUUUGCGAAGAAUCCACUGGGCGGCCCAGGCUGGAACCCUGUCGGUACUGGUCAAGCAGGAACGGUCCUCUCUGGCGCCUACGAUUCGGCUGUAGGUGGCAUUUACUACGGUAGCAGCGGAAAUGCAACCGGUGGUGACUGGAAUCUGGCAGUUCUCGGCGAUGUGGGCAGAGUGAAGGGUGGAGGCGCAACCAUCUAUCCGCAAAGGCAGUUGGACUACAGGUGCAACUUGUACAAGCCGAUCUACCAAGCUCUCGUUGGUUCUGCUGGAAUCCCCCCUUAA